CCCAUUUACCUUCACUCCAGUGCCAUUCCUUCUUUCACCAAGCCUUUGUUACUGUCGCGUCAGCUGUACGAGCUCAGAAAUUGAUUCUUAACAAUAUCUACCUCGUCACCGUUUGACAGAUCCGCGUUCGAAACCGAAACAGCUCAGUAGCCUUCUCAGAAGAAGCUCCACCACUAUGUCUGACGUUGAUACCGAAAUUAAGCGCGAGGAGGAGCUGAAGCGCGAAGAAGAUGAGCGCCUUGAUACCGCAGAAGACGAGCGCCGCGGAGAUGAUGCCACCGAAGAGGAGGAGAUCUCAGCCAUGAGGCGCCGCGUGCAGGAGAUGGAAGAGGAGGCACAGAAGCUGCGCGAAAUGCAGCAGUCGCUCGAUCACGAACGCCAUGAGAUGCGCGAAAGCAAAGAAGACGUCGACUCGCGGAGUAUCUUCGUUGGCAACGUCGACUACGGGGCUAGCCCAGAAGAGAUUCAGGCACAUUUCCAGAGCGUUGGCAGCAUCAAUCGCGUCACCAUCCUGCUCGACAAGUUCACAGGGCAUCCUAAAGGGUAUGCGUAUGUAGAGUUCACAGAACCCAGUCUGGUCAAUGAGGCUCUUGUUCUCGACAACAGUCAGUUCCGCAACAGAAAUCUGAAGGUCGUACCCAAGCGAACCAAUCUGCCCGGUAUGACGCGAGGCGGCCGUGGCGGUCCCAGAGGAGGCCGCGGAGGAUAUAGUGGUCGAGGUGGUCCAUAUGGUGGUCGCGGCGGUGGCUACGGCGGUGGCGGCUACGCUCCUCGAGGAGGAGGCUACCGUGGCGGGUACCGCGGCGGCCGUGGAGGUUCUGGCUACCGCCCAUAUUAGUUGCACGGUGUCGAUUGGGAAGAAGACUUCGGUCAUCUUGAGAGUUGCGAGCUGCAGUUGUUUUUACUUGAUAUCAGGAAGACAAAAUUGAGCUGAGGUCCGUAACAAGGACAUUGAAAGAGCUUGUACCAUAUUAUUAUAUUGUACGCUGCGAAGACUAUGGUCAGCGGCAGAAAUGGGCUGUCAUCGUUCUUCAUAAGCUACCGGCCACAGCCAACCGUUACUAGGG